AUUUUUCCAUUUUAUAACACGGGAGGCGUGUUUGACUUCUGCUCCUCCACCGGACCGGGACCAGGACUGGGACCGUCUAGAACCGGUGUGUGUGUCCGACCCGAACCCGGUUCCGUGCUAAAAUGUCCCGGGUAUUGAUAGUGGGAGCGGGCCUGACGGGGAGCUUGUGCGCAUGUCUGCUGAGGAGAGAACUGCAGAAUAAAGUUCAGAUAGUGGUGUGGGACAAAGCCCGGGGAGUAGGAGGCAGGAUGUCCACCAGUCGUUCCCCCGAUGCCUCGUCUCACUCAGCUGAUCUGGGAGCUCAGUACAUCACGGCCACGCCCACCUACGCCCGGUCCCACCACAGUUUUUACUCAGAGCUCUUGUCUGCCGGCAUCCUGCAGCCUCUCGACUGUCCAAUCGAAGGUCUAAAACACAAGGAGGACAGCGAGAACUAUGUGACUCCACUGGGAGUGUCCAGUCUGGUCAAACACUUCCUGUCUCAGUCAGGAGCUGAUUUGCAGCUGGAGCAUCACAUGACGGGUUUGUACCGAAGAGGUGCAUCGUGGGUGGUGGAGAGAAAGGAGGGAGGCAGCGAGACGUUUGACGCCGUCGUCCUGACGAUGCCGGUCCCUCAGAUCCUGCAGUUACAAGGAGACCUGGGACAAUUGCUGUCCGUCCAACAGAGACAUCAGUUGGACACCGUCCUCUACUCGUCUCGUUUUGCCGUUGCUCUCUUCUAUUCUCCAGACGUCGUCUUCAGUUUUUCAUGGGCGGCGAAGUACGUCAACGACAGCCGCUGCAUCCGCUACAUCGCCGUGGACAACAGGAAGAGACACGCAGACGCCCCCGGUGUUGGUCCGUCCCUCGUCGUCCACACCAGCGUCCCGUUCGGCCUGGAGCACCUGGAGCGGGACAAGGAGGACGUCCAACCUCUCGUCCUCCAGGAGCUGGACAGGCUACUUCCUGGUCUUCCUCAGCCAAUCAGCAUCAAGUUCCAGAAGUGGAGGUACUCUCAGGUGCAGACAUCGGUUCCAGACUGUCCAGGUCACAUGACCGUCCUCCAGCAGCCGCUGCUCGUCUUCGGCGGAGACGCCUUCAGCCAUUCCAACUUUGAUGGCUGCGUGGAGUCUGCUCUGAGCGUGCUCAGUGCGCUGAAGGCCUCGCUGGGAUAACGAAGAGUCACUAACGAAGCGUCGUUAACACUUUCUAAUUGAUUCAUUCAAUUAAAUUACAUUUUCUUUCAUCCUUGAAUAAAUUUAAAAGCUUUUGUGGAUCAAA